ACCACCACCACAAAACCAACAAGCAAACAGGUAUGCGGCAUUUCAUAGGUUAAGAUGUUAUUAGUAAUAGUUCAUCUAUUUGAAAUAAUUUAAAAGAAUGCAUGGAAGAGUCUAAUAAAGAUGUAUUUUUAAAAGAUUAGUCCUUUCUGAAUCAUCAUGUAGCUUGCUUCUUUCCAUUCCCUUUCUCCCCUCCCCUCUGCUUCCUUCCCUUUUCUCUCUGUCUUUGUUUUUUCCUCUGUGGUGCUUGGAAUGAACCCGACAUCAUACACAUGAUAAGCAAGGUUUCUGCCACUGAGCUGCAUUCCAGCUUUUAGCCAUCUUUAGACUUUCUCAUUCAUGAAAAGUUGGAGUUGGAGUGAUGGAUCAGAGAUUAAGAGCACUCACUGGGUUCUAUUCCAGAGGACCUGGGUUUGAUCACCAUCACCUACAUGGCAGCUAACAACUAUCUGUAACUCCAUUUCCAGGGGCUUGUAUGCGCUCCGCUGAUCUUCAUGAGCACCAGACACACAUGUGGUGCACACACAUAUCAUAUAUGCAUUUGUGUGUAAGUAUGUGCAUAUGUAUAUAUACAGGCAAAAUACCCAUAAACAUAACAUACGAAUGAGUAAAUGACAACGAUUUAAAGUAAAUGAACUUGCUCCAGUCUCCUCUUAGGUUGCAGAGCUGAUUUCAUUUGUUUUCUCAGUUUGCAUUGGUUAUUCAUUACAAGAAAAUCUGGGGCCAGGCCAAGCAUUUAUUUGCUAUCCUGUAAGAGAAGAAGAAACGGUAGCAUCUUAGUUGGAGGACCGAGAAGCCAUGAAUUCUAAGCAGCAGACAGUGAGACUAAGUGAUGGCCACUUCAUCCCUGUUCUGGGCUUUGGUACCUAUGCACCUCAAGAGGUACCGAAGAGUAAGGCUACAGAAGCCACCAAAAUAGCUAUAGACGCUGGUUUCCAGCAUAUUGAUUCUGCUGCUAUGUAUCAAAAUGAAGAGGAAGUAGGACUAGCCAUCCGAAGCAAGAUUGCAGAUGGCACUGCAUCUGCACAAAGGGAGGAUAUAUUUUACACAACAAAGCUUUGGGUUUCUUUUCAUCGUCCAGAACUGGUGCAACUUUGCUUGGAAAGGUCACUGAAGAAACUCCAGUUGGAUUAUGUGGACCUGUACCUCAUACAUUUUCCAACGUCUGUCUCUUAAGGCCUGAAGCACCCACAAAUGUGUGGAAGACUGAUUGUUUGCCAUGGGCCAAUAAUGGAGUUUAUUCGUGGUGGAAAUCACUGCCAUAUUCUUGCCAAAUUCCUAAGUGAAAGUGACAUUGAAUAGAAAUUAAAGUUAAAUCAAAAUAGUCUAAGUACCUUGAAGUAAUUUAUUAAGUUAUUAAAAAUUAAGUUUAAAAACACUAGGAUCAGAGGAAAGGGGAGGAGGACCUCCCUUUUCAGUGGACUGGG